UGCCCCACCUGUCAGAGAGAGCACACAAGCCGCCUCCUCCUCUCUCUAGUACCACGCCCGCCGCUUGACUUGACCUGACCAGAGGCGAGAGCAGAGCAGCGCGCUCGGAUCGAAUCCAACCCAAUCGAAUCUGUUCGCAGGGCGCGGCGGCGAGACCUCGACGGCCAUGGCCUGGCCCCGGCGGCACGGCUGGCAGCUCCCCCUCCACCCGCUCCAGCUCGUGGGCGCGGGGGUGUUCGCCGUCCUCGUCACGGCCUUCUACGUCGUCCUCGGGCCCUACCUCGGCAGCGCCGUCGCCGGCAACACCCUCCUCGCGCUCUUCUCCGUCUCGGCCGCCGCCACCGCGGCCCUCUACGUGCGCUGCACCGCCGUCGACCCCUCCGACCGGACCCACGCCAAGAAGGUGAAGAGGCAGCGCAGUCUCGCCAGGGGCGGCGGGCGGAGGCUGCCGAGGCUGCGCUACGGGUACAUCCUGUGGCGGUACGCGGCGCGGCUGCUCAAGAGGGUCGAGGUCCGCGUCAUGAACCGCUGGGUGCGGAGGAGCUACCUCGAGCAGUGGAACUCCAGUGUCCAGCUCGACCCCAUGCUCCCCUUUGCCUUCACCAGCCUUGAGGACAUCGUCUCGCCGCACGCCACCGACGACCAGGACAUCUCAUUCUGCCCAAUCUGCGACUGCGAGGUGAAAUUGCGCAGCAAGCACUGUAAAACUUGCGACCGGUGUGUUGAUGGAUUUGAUCACCACUGCAGGUGGCUCAACAAUUGCAUAGGGAGAAGGAAUUAUGCAGCAUUUAUCCUGCUAAUGUUCUUUGUUUUGCUGAUGCUUGUUAUCGAGGGGGGAACAGCGGUUGCGAUUUUUAUUCGCUGCUUCAUCGACAGCAAAGGGCUGAAAACUGAAAUGGAGCACAGGCUUCACGUAGGGCUACCUAAAGGAGCUCACGCAGCAUUAUCUAUGGUAUUUGUCAUCUUCACUUUGUACAGUACUGCAGCACUGGGUCAGCUCUUCUUUUUCCAUGUUCUGCUCAUUAGAAAGGGAAUGAGGACAUACGAUUACAUCCUUGCUAUGCGAGAAGCUGCACAGGCAUAUGAUCCUUUUGAUGACUCUGAUUUUUCCUCGGACGAGAGCAUUGACUUCGACUCUCCAGAAAGGCCAUCCUUCUUGUCAAGGAUCUUAUGCAGAAAAGAUGAAGUGAAUGAGAGUACCCGAAAGCUAUCGAUUAGGAUCGACGAGAAGGAGGCCAAUGAUGCAACAAGAAGGAAGGAUGACGUCUCGAUCAACCCAUGGACGUUGAUCACUAUGAACAAGGACAAAGCAAUGGCAGCCGCUGAGCGUGCGCGUGAGCGAAUCAGGCAGAAGUUGCCAUCCACGACCAUCUCCCCGAUGAGACCAUUACCAUUGGAGACAAAGAGAGGUCCUUUGAACCAGGGGAGAAGACCCAUCAUAACAGUAACAGGGAAGGAGAACCAGGAGACAAGACCCAUCAUGACAGUAACAGGGAAGGAGAACCAGGAGACAAGACCCAUCAUGACAGGGAAGGAGAUCGUGCCUGCACUCACAAAGAGCUGGCUGUCAGGGUCACCAACUGCGAGGUUGUCAAGCCCAAGGAGGCGGUUUUCAGGUUCAUCAUCACCCAAACCUCAGAGGUGCAGGGCCAACUUUGACUUGAGACUAACAGAGGUGUCAAGAGAGCUUGAUACCCGCGUCUCAAAGCAGGUCAUGUGCUCUGCUGUCAUUAAGGGCGCCGAAGAUGAAGAUUCUUCGUCGUAACUUAUGAUGUUGUUCAGCCCACAAAAUUCAUUCAAUUUUUUGUUACUUAAACCUAUGUGUUAUUGUGUGCUGUGCUUUCUUAGCCCAUGCACUCCUUCACUGCUGUAUACAUAGUUGUAUGUUCUCUUGUACUACACCCCCCUGAACAUUUAGUACAGCAAUGCCAUGGUUAUUCAUCCCAGGACCAUCAAAUUUUCCAAUCA